AUGCAUGCGUGGGAAGAAGGGCAGUGGGCGCGAGAAUCGGCGGAGAGCAAGCGGUUGGGAGAAGUGGAGAGCAUCGUCGGGUGGCGACGAUGCGAAAAGGAGGAGACGGAGACGUUGAUAAAGUGGAAAGGUACGUCGUACGCGCAUUGCACGUGGGUGAAAGUCACGGCGUUGGAAAACGAUCCGACAUGUGGUGUGCAGGGUAAGAUGCGUGUGGCGAGGUAUUUCGAUAAGUAUCCAAAGGAGCUCGGGCCGUGCGUGGACGUCAAACCGGAUUACUUGGUCGUCGACCGCGUCUUUUCGAUGUUUGAAGAGGUGGACAGAACACUCGUGUGCGUGAAGUGGUCUCGAAUGAGUUAUGACGAGACGAAUUGGGAAGAUAUAACUGCCGUGCGCGAGAUGGAAGGUGGUGCGAGCGCUUUGGAAGAGUUUGAACGCGUCCGAAGCCGCGCUUCAGCGGCGCGCGAGCGCCAAGCCAUCGUUGAUGCGGAGACGGAUGAGGACGUCGCCAAUGCGUGGAGUUCGUACGAUGCCGACACCGUGCGCGACUCGUACGGAGAGUCCGACGAGUUGCGAUCGUAUCAGAAGGAAGGCGUGAAGUGGAUGGCGUUCAACUUCCGAGCCGGACGCGGGUGCAUCUUGGCGGACGAGAUGGGUCUCGGGAAAACUGCGCAGGCGCUAGCUCUCAUACAUCACUGCUUGCAAGUGCGGCCAGGUCUCCCUGCUCUUGUCGUCGUUCCCCUUUCAACGAUUGUGAACUGGGAGCGCGAGGCGCAGCGCUGGGUCCCGGACGCGUACGUGGUGACGCACGUCGGCAAGCAAGCCGGUCGCGAAUUCGCGCGAGAACACGACUGGUAUCACCCAGUUGACGAAACCCAGAGCAUAUCGCGAGCGUUUAAGGCUAAUAUCGUCCUCACUACUUAUGAAACGAUUACUGCCGAUCGCCAAUCUUUCGCGAAGGCAAAAUGGAGUACGAUGGUCGUCGACGAAGCGCAUCGCUUGAAACGAGUUGGAGGUAAGCUUGGGAACGAUUUGAACAGCCUCGCGGUGGAGCGCAUUUGCUUACUCACGGGCACUCCGCUUCAAAACAACACCACCGAGCUCUGGUCGUUGCUGAACUUUGUCGAUUCUAAGCACUUCUCCAACGCGGAGGAGUUUGAAGAAGCGUUUGGAGGCAUGGCAAAGGCUGCGCAAGUCGAGCGUUUACAAAAGGUUCUUGGUCCGUACUUGCUGCGUCGACUGAAGCGCGACGUCGAGCAAAAGUUACCACCGCGAAGUGAGACACUUGUCGAGUGCGAGCUCGCGCCUUUGCAGAAAAAGUGCUAUCGUGCAUUAUUUGAGCGUAACUUUUCCUUUCUUCGGCAAGGUUGCGACUCGAGAGAGAGUUUUGCAAACUUUGCGAACAUCAUGAUGGAAGUCCGUAAGUGUUGCCAGCACCCGUUUUUGCUCGACGGCGUCGAAGCUGCCAUCGCGCCGGAAGGCGCGAGCACCACUGCCUUGGUAUCGAGCGCGGGAAAGUUGCAGCUCUUGGACAAGCUCCUUCCGCAUCUUCGCGAAGGUGGGCAUCGAGCUCUCAUCUUCAGUCAAAUGACGCGCGUUUUGGACGUCCUGGAGGAUUAUUGCCGCGCACGAGGUCACUCUUACGUGCGACUUGACGGUAGCAUCACCGGCAAAGCACGUCAAGAAGCGAUCGACAAGUAUUGCGCUGAGGAUUCUGACACUUUUCUGUUUCUCCUCUCCACGCGCGCCGGAGGCCAAGGCAUCAACCUCGUCCAGGCUGACACUGUCGUUAUGUUCGACAGCGACUGGAAUCCGCAAAACGAUGCACAGGCGCUCGCGAGAGCGCAUCGCAUCGGGCAAACGCGCCAAGUCCAGGUAUAUCGACUCGUCAUGCGGGCCACGUACGAAAAGGAAAUGUUUACGCGGGCGUCGAUGAAACUCGGUCUCGAACAAGCCAUCUUUGGGAGCGCAGAAAAGGAAGAGAAAUCA